UGAACGCUCAAGCUCCCACAAAUCACUUUGUCACCAGCAAGCUCUGACAAGCUCCAGUAGAGAGAGAGAGAGAGAGAGAGAGAGAGAGAGAGAGACGGGGAGUUAAAUAGAGGUGCAAAUAGGUGGUUGUGUCAGAGGAGACUGAAGAGGGAAGGUGUGAAGGAGCUGCAGAGGGAAUACACGAGGUGAUACCGAUGGAUGGAUAGAGGCAAGGGAGCACAGAGACGAGCUUUGAGUCUGAUCCCCAACACUGGGACUGGUACUCCUACUACUAUUACUAUUACUACUACUGCUGCUGCUGCUGCUGCUGCUGCUGCUGCUGCGUCUGGACUGUUUUAAAGAGAAGGUGUGUUAAAGUUUUUCUGAAGACAGUCUUUCAUUCAUUUACUGCUUUGCACAGAGUCGUCCUAUAAGUGUGUUUAACAAUGAAGACGCAACUACUGAGAGUUACAGGCAGGAGUUGGCGGAGCUGAAAGCAGUUUCUGGUAAACUGCAGCUGUACACAGAUCACAUGCUGUUAUGCUAAAAAGAGGUAGUCAGUGCUCGCAGCGAUACGUCUGUCAGAUGUUCAACUGCGUGGACGUAUUUCUUAAUGGCUUGACAGCAAAGGGUCGGUGUUGAAAGUCAUAUUUUCUCGAGCGUGGACUUUUGAGUACUUCUGAGCUGACACAACCCCACCACCACCACCACCACCACCCUGAGACUUUUAUCUGGCUUUAAAGGAAGACAAGAGGUCAUCUGAUAAAACUUCAAAAGCAGAGGAAUUGGACAGCCUUUUAAACACAGGACGUAUCAGUCACAUUCUCUCCUUCCCCUACCAAUAUAUUUGACAUCUAACAUCUAACAUUAACAACAGUCCUCAAUGGUUUCUGAGGAGAUAUUGUGGCUCAAGGAGGACAGGAAGCGGUGUCAGUUGAAAAGCCUUAGAGUCAGAUAGUAAGAAACUCUGCCAACAGCACUUUUCAUUUUUGCUGAGUGAUACAACGCUCCAUUUACAUUAUUUCUGCUUUUUACUGGGGGCAUUUAAAGACAAUACAGCACCGAGUCCACAUGUGGAAGUGUAUAGGUUUGCCUUGAGUGAAACAGGAUCGAAUUCAGCGGUGUAGGCCAACAUCACAUUGAUCACAAGUACAUUUGUAAACUGAACCACCUGUGUUAAGUCGGUGGAUAGUCGACAGCAGGCUGGUGGGUGUUGUACGAGUCUUUUGGGUCUUGGUGGCGCUGUCUGUGUGCAUGUUUGGCUGGGUUUUGUUGACAGCUCUGCUCUGGACUCCCUUCAGUGUCUGGGACGUCAUUGUGUUACCUGUGUGGCUGAGUCAGAAGCUGGCUCAUCGCUCCAUGUCUGGCUGCCUGCUGGGAUUCUCUCCACCUGCUCCUCUGCACACAAGUCACAAGUGUUAGGGGGUUUUCACAGCAGCAGUGACAGCAGUACCGGUCUAGGUAAAUGAGCAUUUUUGGGACUCUCCACACUGCUUUUCUUGUUCUGCUGUGUGUGUAAACACUUUGCGUCAGUCACACCUCUCCACGGAGUGAUUCACUGUUCCCUAAGCAUCCCAGGUUGAAGGAGGCAGGCAGCGAAGGAAGAAGCCAGGGCUGCUGGCUGAGAAUCAAAGUGUAGAAGAGGUUGCAAACAGUCACACCAGCACCAUGAAACUGGCAUUCUUGUCUCUCAUGGUCGUGUACAUGGUGGGACGUGUGAGUAGUAUGUCUACAUGUAAGACAUUAGACAUGGAGAUAGUCAAGAAGAAGCGCAUUGAGGCCAUCAGGAGUCAGAUUCUCAGCAAACUGCGCUUACCAAAGGAGCCGGAACCGGAUGAGACCGGAGACACAGAGGAGAUCCCUCCGACUCUGCUGUCCCUCUACAACAGCACCAAGGACCUGCUGAAGGAGCAACAGGCCCAGGUCAUCCCCAAGGAGCAGGACGACGAGGAGUACUUUGCUAAAGUGCUGCACAAGUUCAACAUGACAAGACCGAAUAACACAGAGAUGUCGAAAGAACAAAACAUCACCAUGCACUUCAACAUCUCAGAAAUACGGGACAGUGUGGGGGAUUAUCGCUUGCUGACCAGCGCUGAGUUACGGAUGCUCAUCAAAAAUACCAACAUUAGAGAUGAACAGCGCGUGGAGCUCUACGGCACUGUGGAUUCAAAGUCCCGUUACCUGGGUUCCCGCUUCAUCAAAAACAAGGACAAGUGGGUGUCGUUCGAUGUCACGGAGACGCUGCAGAAUUGGCUCAAAGGCAACGAGGAUCAACAGGGCUUCCAACUUCGACUUUUCUGUGAAUGCGGUCAGACGAUAAACAACGGCUUCAGUUUCGGCAUCUCUGGGUUUUCAAGCGGCAGAGGAGACCAGGGACCGUUAGAGAAGAGGCAGCCGUUGCCCUACAUCCUGACCAUGUCCAUCCCUCAGAAUGUCAGCAACCACCUCUCGACACGAAGCAAACGUUCCACGGAAACGAGAGAUACCUGCACAGCCCAGACGGAGACCUGCUGCGUUCGUUCCUUGUACAUCGACUUCAGGAGAGAUCUGGGCUGGAAGUGGAUUCAUAAGCCAACAGGAUACCACGCCAACUACUGCAUGGGCUCCUGCACCUACAUCUGGAACGCUGAAAACAAAUAUUCUCAGAUCUUGGCCCUGUACAAACAUCACAACCCGGGGGCCUCAGCCCAGCCCUGCUGCGUCCCCCAAGCACUGGACCCUCUGCCAAUCCUCUACUACGUGGGCCGGCAACACAAGGUGGAGCAGCUGUCCAAUAUGAUUGUCAAGUCCUGCAAGUGUAGCUAAAAAUACAACAGGGCCACGUCGCUCUGCCUCCUGUCAGACGUACACAACGAUGAAAGAAGUUCUAUUUGAGACCGCAGAGAAAGAGGAAAAUGUAGACGUGGACCAUCCUUUUCGACCCAAGCUAUUAUCAUGUUGGAAGCACAUCAAACCAUGGACUUCUUUAUAAAGAUAUAUAUAUAUAUUUUUUCCUUGUGUAUAUACAUCGUCCUUACAGUGAUAAAAGCAUAUCUGUGUUGAAAUUAAUUUAUUUGGUGGAUUGAAAGUGAAACAAAAGUCAUCCCCUGCAACGAAAAAGGGAUUCACAAGGAUGCCAAAGGACACGAGGACCAAGCCGACCUUGAAGGAAGAACGUCUUCUUUCCGUUUUCACAUGUGGUUGUUGGAACGUUUGUGCGCUUUAUUAGCUUCCUUAAAAGGUCAUAUUUAAAGGUGCUAAAUCCCAGGUAUGGAAAACGGCAUUGGGGUUUUCCUCGGAGAUAAUGCUGCAGGUGUUUUUUUUGUUUUUUUUUUAAUAGAGAAAGCUCCACUGUUAAGGACAGCAGGAAACCACAGGGACUGUCCGACCGGGGGGGGGGGGGGGGGAAUUCCUCCGCCUGAGUGAGAGCCAUCCAUCGGAGGAUCGUUUCACAAGAACCGUCCAUCAGCUUGAGUCGCUUUGUUUGUUUUUCUCUACCCACGAUUCUUUUUUUUUUUUUUUCUACAGUGCUGUUUGUGUUCAUAAGUGAAUGUCAGCGUGUCAUUAUGACUGUCGAAGCCAUGAGUAAUAUCAGUGGUUGUGAAGACACCGUGUUUUCUCUCCCUCAGGAUUUACAGCCGGUUUGUUGUCUUUACGUGGUGAGGGUCUGGGAAUGUGGUUGUUGGUUUUUAGUGAAGAGCGAUUCAGACUCAAUGAACACAUUUGCUGAUUUAUUUUUUUGUUUUUUAAUCACCAUUAUAGGUUAGAGGGCAGCGUAUUGCCUUUUAUUUCAGGACAAGUUAUGACUUUCAUCUGAAGUGUGAUGCAAUACACAGGAAUCCAGACUGAUUUUUUUUUUAAGUUUACCAUGUUUUUUCAAGUGCACUUACUAUUUGGAAUUUGUAUGUGUAAAUAUUUUUAAAAAUUUAAAUAAAAAUUGCUGUUAAAUUA